AUGGAGUCCAAUGAUGGUGAGUUAGAAGUGGAUUCAAGCGACAUCAUUCACUUGAUUCUGCAGUUUCUACGUGAGAAUCGUCUAUUUAGUGCCAUGCGUGCGCUACAAGAGGAAUCUCAAGUGAGUCUUAACGCUGUAGAGUCCGUAGAUUCGUUGGCUAGCGACAUCUCACACGGCCGUUGGGACCUUGUGCUUCAGCAAACAAAAGACCUCGAGUGCAGCUCUUCUGCUAUGAUGGAUCUCUAUGAGCUAGUGGCGCUUGAAAUGAUGGAGUCAUGUGAGAAUGACGUGGCGGUGCAACUGCUACACAACACGCCAGCGCUGACCAUGAUGAAAGCGACACAACCAGAGCGCUAUCUACGGCUUCAAAAGAUGGCCGAACAGGCAUGUUUUGACCCUUCAAAAGCUUUUCAUGGUUCCAGUAAACAGAAGCGGCGAGAUGAAGUUGCACAAGCUUUUUGUAAUGAAGUAUCGACUAUCGAGCCGUCACGACUGCUGGUUCUGCUAGGCCAGGCACUCAAGUGGCAGCAGUUACAGGGUGUGGUGGCUCCGGGAGAAGACUUUGAUCUGUUUCGAGGUAGACAUAAGGAAAGAGUGGUUGAUCGCUUGGAUAAACUGGUGUGCAAACCGGCGGGCAAGAUCAAGUUUAGUAAGACUUCAAUGCCGCAAUGUGCACAAUUCAGUCGUGACGGAAGGAUGCUUGUAACGGGCGCGAAGGAUGGAUUUGUGGAAGUCUGGGAUUUUGAAAAAUGCAAGCUGCGAAAAGAUUUUGACUACCAGGCAAAGGAUGAGUUUAUGAUGCACGAUGUUAGCGUGACAGCGCAAGCUUUUAGUCGGGACGGAGAGUUGCUGGCAACAGGCAGUGAAGAUGGAAACGUUAAGGUGUGGAAGGUAUCUACAGGAAUGUGUCUUCGUCGCUUUAACAAUGCGCACAGUCAGGGUAUCCACAGUAUCAUGUUCUCACGGGACGGUACACAGCUGCUGACGGCUUCCUUUGAUCAUCUUGUUCGAAUCCAUGGGCUCAAGUCAGGACAGAUGCUCAAAGAGUUUCGUGGCCACCAGAGUUACGUCAACACGGCCUUCUUUUCGUCAGACGCCACCAAAGUCAUUUCAACGUCGAGUGAUGGAACGUUAAAGAUCUGGAGUACAAAAACGACGGAGUGUCUGCAAACUUUGCAACCGCCUAAGGAAUCAUAUACUGCAGAAGUUGAUGUCGUGAGUGCACUGCUAAUGCCGAACGCUUUUGGGGUCGAGGAGAAUAUUGUUGUUUGCACGCGCACGAGCGAUAUGCAUCUUAUGUCAAUGCGAGGGGACGUGGUGCUGACGUACAAGAGUUGUCCUCUCGAUGACAGGAAAAUUGGCAACUUUGUCGCUUGUACGCUGUCGAUGCGUGGCAAAUGGCUCUAUGGCGUGACCGACAAGGGUUUCGUUGUGACAUUCGAUGCAGCAACGGGUAAACUCGAAACGUCAAUGCAAAUCUGCAACGCCGACGCAUUUGGCAUUGCUCACCACCCGCAUCGCAAUAUUAUAGCCACAUACGGCAGUGACCGAUAUGUCAGAUUAUGGAAAGCGUGA